UAGCUUGUAUUCUAGUGGCUGCGCUCAGAUCAGCGGCAUGCUUCACGGAGAUAUGUACCUUUCGUUCCCCUCAGCACCACCGACAUGGAUUGCAAAACCCCCGCUCUUCUUUUGAUCUUGUCAUCCCUCAUAUGUCGAGGAGAAGCGAGUAGCCACCCCCCAAAUGAAGUUAAUCUGCUGGAUUCAAAGGCGAGUCAGGGGGAGCUGGGGUGGAUCUCCUACCCAGCCCAUGGGUGGGAGGAGAUCAGUGGGGUGGAUGAGCACUACACGCCAAUCCGUACGUACCAAGUGUGCAAUGUAAUGGAGUACAAUCAGAAUAACUGGCUGAGAACAAACUGGAUUGCACGGAAUUCUGCCCAAAAGAUCCAUGUGGAGCUCAAGUUUACUCUGCGAGACUGCAACAGUAUUCCUCUUGUCUUGGGCACAUGCAAAGAAACCUUCAACCUAUAUUACAUGGAGUCUGACGAGGACCAAGGAGUCAAGUUCAGGGAACACCAGUUCAGCAAGAUUGACACCAUUGCAGCAGAUGAGAGCUUCACUCAGAUGGAUCUUGGUGACCGUAUCCUUAAGCUCAACACCGAAGUGCGAGAGGUAGGCCCUGUGAGCAAGAAGGGCUUCUAUCUGGCAUUCCAGGAUGUGGGAGCUUGUGUGGCACUGGUCUCAGUACGGGUAUACUUUAAGAAAUGCCCAUUCACAGUCAGAAACUUAGCCAUGUUUCCUGACACAGUCCCCAUGGACUCUCAGUCUCUGGUAGAAGUGAGGGGCUCAUGUGUCAAUCACUCCAAGGAGGAGGAGCCUCCCAGGAUGUUCUGCAGCACAGAUGGCGAGUGGCUGGUACCGAUUGGAAAGUGCCUGUGUAAUAGUGGCUUUGAGGAGCGAGGGGCAUCCUGUCAAGUUUGUAGACCCGGCUUCUACAAAUCCUUCUCUGGGAAUGUGAAAUGUGCCAAGUGUCCUCCACACAGUUACAGCCAUGAAGAAGGAGCUGUGUAUUGCAAGUGUGAAAAGAACUACUUCCGAGCACUGAAGGACCCGGCCUCCAUGGCUUGCACAAGACCACCCUCUGCUCCAAGGAAUGUCAUUUCCAACAUCAAUGAAACAUCUGUCAUUCUGGACUGGAGCUGGCCUUUGGACACAGGAGGCCGUAAGGAUGUGACCUUCAGUGUGGUGUGCAAGAAGUGUGGUUCCAGCAACCGCCAUUGUGAGCCAUGCCGUGAUGCUGUCCGCUUCUUGCCUCAGCAAAUAGGACUAUUCAACUCCACAGUCACCGUCACUGACCUUUUGGCUCAUACCAACUAUACGUUUGAGGUGGAGGCUUUCAAUGGUGUUUCAGACUUGAGCUCUGGCCCUCGACUAUUUGCUGCUGUCACCAUCACCACCAAUCAAGCCGGUAAGGCCCCCUCUGCAGUAACAGUCAUAAGAAAGGACCGCACCUCCAGGAACAGCAUCUCCAUGUCAUGGCAGGAGCCUGAACAUCCCAAUGGCAUCAUUCUGGACUAUGAAGUCAAGUACUAUGAGAAGCAGGAACAAGAGACAAGUUACACCAUCCUGAGAUCAAAAGGCACGAAUGUAACCAUCAGUGGGCUGAAGGCAGACACUACUUACGUGUUCCAGAUGCGUGCACGCACAGCAGCGGGUUAUGGCGGGAGCAGCCGCAAGUUUGAGUUUGAAACCAGUCCUGACUCUUUCUCCAUUUCCAGUGAGAACAGUCAAGUUGUGAUGAUCGCCAUCUCUGCUGCUGUUGCGAUUAUUCUCCUCACUGUGGUGGUCUAUAUACUCAUUGGAAGGUUUUGUGGACACAACAAGUCAAAAGAGACUGAAGAGAAAAGAUUGAAUUUUGGCAAUGGUCACUUAAAGCUCCCUGGCAUCAGGACCUAUGUGGACCCACACACUUAUGAGGACCCAUGUCAGGCUGUGCAUGAGUUUGCCAAGGAGCUUGAUGCCUCCUGCAUAGCCAUUGACAAGGUGGUGGGCGCAGGAGAAUUUGGAGAGGUGUGUAGCGGACGCCUGAAGCUGCCUUCCAAGAAGGAGAUCUCAGUGGCCAUCAAAACUCUGAAAGCUGGCUACACAGAUAAGCAGAGACGAGAUUUCCUGAGUGAAGCCAGCAUCAUGGGACAGUUUGACCAUCCAAAUAUCAUCCGACUGGAAGGGGUUGUGACCAGAAGUAAACCAGUCAUGAUUGUCACUGAAUAUAUGGAAAAUGGUUCCCUGGACAGCUUUCUUAGAAAGCAUGACGCCCAAUUCACUGGAAUCCAGCUUGUGGGGAUGCUUCGUGGGAUUGCUUCUGGCAUGAAAUAUCUGUCGGACAUGGGAUAUGUCCACCGGGACCUGGCAGCUCGCAACAUCCUUGUGAACAGCAACCUGGUGUGCAAAGUGUCUGAUUUUGGGCUGUCACGUGUGCUGGAGGAUGACCCAGAGGCAGCUUAUACCACUCGGGGUGGGAAGAUCCCAAUCCGAUGGACGGCACCUGAAGCUAUUGCUUAUCGCAAAUUCACCUCAGCUAGCGAUGUAUGGAGCUAUGGCAUCGUCCUCUGGGAGGUCAUGUCCUAUGGAGAGAGACCUUACUGGGAGAUGUCCAAUCAGGAUGUGAUCAAAGCAGUAGAUGAAGGGUAUCGCUUGCCUCCUCCUAUGGACUGCCCUGCUGCUCUCUACCAGUUGAUGUUGGACUGCUGGCAGAAAGACCGGAACAAUAGGCCCAAGUUCGAACAGAUUGUCAGCAUUCUGGACAAGCUGAUCCGGAACCCCAGCAACCUUAAAAUAACUGCCAACACUGCCUCCAGGCCAUCAAACCUUCUACUGGACCAAAAUAGCACUGAUGUCACAGGCUUUCGCUCCAUGGAGGACUGGUUGGAGAGUGUUCAGAUGGUGCCCUGCAAGGACAGCUUUGCUGGGGUUGGCUACAGCUCCUCUGAAACUCUAACUAAAACAGCUGCAGAGGACUUUAAGAAGAUGGGUGUCUCGAUCGUUGGACCACAGAAGCAGAUAAUAAGCAGCAUUAAAGCACUUGAAACGCACACAAAGAACGGCCCUGUUCCUGUGUAAGCAUGGACCUUCUCAGCUCCAGGCCACUGAGGAACAGGUCUGAGGGUCUCAGGAAGACCACAAAGCACUCUGAAUCUGGACGCCUCUAACUCUUGGGGGUUGCAUAUUGUUGCCUUAAUACAUUAAAAUGUCCAUAAGGGAGCAAAGCAGCAUUGCCUCGCCAACCCUGUUGAGGGGAGCAUAGCCUCUACUUGCUGCACCAGAAGGCUGAAAGUCCUUAUUCAGAUGAGCGGAGAUAAAUCACACCCUGAAUCCCUGGGGAAAAUGUGCAGUCCAAUAGGAAUGCAGUGUGUUUCUGUAUGUCUCAACUCAGAUCAUCACUUUUAUACGAAAGAUAUGUGGACCUGGAGGACUCGAUGCCCUGUGGAGCGGGGAAGAAGGACAUUUCUGGAUGAAUAUUUUUUUCAGCCAUAAAAUCACUUAGCAAUAAAUGAAAGUAAUGUCACGGAGAGAAAAGCCUGACCAGCCAAUGGACAGCCAGGUUCCAGAGUCUGCCAGCGGGUGUAUGCAGGGUAGUAGCACGUGGACCACGCAUUGGAGAAGUCUGGGUUGGCCUGACACUUUUACACACUGAAUUCCUGUUGCACCUUUUUGUUCAUUCUUCUCAUCCUGCAGCUCUUUUAACUCACCCACCCAUCAGCAAGACAAGUGCCCUAGAGCACUAAAAGCAGCUGCUGGGAAGCCUACCCUCUCCUGAAGGCCACAGAACUUACACGAAAGCAGGAAAAGAAGGGUUCUUACAAAUGGAGUCUUAUGUGCAGGUUUGGCAAGUGUUAUUGUCCAAAUGCCCCUAAAAGUGGACUUAGACUGCCCAUAUUUUGAGACUUGAAAUCCACUAUACUUAUUAAGGUCAGUUUCCCCAUAACGAGGGAGGCUUAAUGUGAUCUGGGCAUGGUUUUGCAUAAUAAAAGCAGCCACUAAUGAAUUACCAUUUUGGUCAGAAACAUGCCAAAGUGUAUGUGUAUUUAUACACAUUAACAGCUACUUGUUAUGAACCAACUAAUAAACAUUUUUUAUCUUUGUAUGAAUGGCGAUUGCCUGUUACCCUUAUGCAUAAAACAAUAUCCUAUUGUGUAUGACCUGAAAAGCUGAAAUGUUUGUGACUCAAACAGUACUAACUGGCAAGCUGUGCUGAGCAAUGACACCUUCAUGUCAUGUUGGAGUUUACCGGGUUGAACAACCACACAGUAUGGCUAGUUGGAGGUUUUUCAAGAAUUGCUACUCUCUCUUCAUGAUGUUAGAUGUUUUUUGCAUUACAUAUACUAUAAAUGAAUUAUACAGUAUUAUUUCAUUUUAUUAUAGAUUGGUUUACAGCUAUAUUUGCAAACACUUCUACGCUGCAGACCAAGUAAAUAAACAACAGAUGUCAGCCAGGCUAAUGCUGAUCGCAACAAAGGUAUUCACUUUUCUUGCACUUUUACUUGUAAACAUUUUAUGCUGGUUUAUGUUGAAGCUCAAAUUAGACUUGACUGGGAUGAGAACUAAAAUUGCGUUAAUGUUGCACAACACGAAUAUUAAAGUUCCCAGGUUGGGAAGAAAAAAGUUCAUCUCAUUAUCCAAGAUGAAAGUAAGGAACUCAGGGAAACAUGUAGACCCGAACUUCUUCCACUUGCUGACCUUUCACAUCAUUUAACAAGGAUAUCACAACAAGAAACUUGGCUGCAAUAACCGUGACAAUUCCAGCAUCAUCUUAUUUGGUCAUCAACAUAAACCAACACGUAAUAUAAAAGGUCAAAACGUCGACUAAGUUUGUUGCAACUGGUCUAAGCCUAUUUUCAUGUAAAAUGGUUAGUCUGCAAGUUUUUAAGUCAGUGAAAAUAUUCCAGUGAACCAAAAAACAGUAGUAGGAGGAAAUACAACAUGCUCACAAAUACAUUUUUGUAGCAGUAAGGUUCAUAUUCAAUGCAAAAUUCGUUGUUUUUAAUAGUGGUUUUUAAUUGUAUACUCAUUCUGAGGUUGUGGAUGCUUCUUACUGCGUGAAUGCUUCAGCGUUAUUGCUGAGAUGUGAAGGCAGCCAUUUCAGCCACCAUGCUUCCUGUUGCAGGUUUGUGGCAUUUGAAAUCAAAGGUCAGUCAGUGGGAGAUGUUGUGGUUUCUUGAUGUUUCUUAAGUUCUCAAAUUUCAUUUUAUGACUUAGAGCAUGACAUGAAUGUGUUUUUCCACUCAGAGCUCAUAUUUAAAGAAUGGUUAUUCUGACGCAAGGGGCAUGCCCCACAAUAUCCACACAUGCAUGCCAGACAGAAAAAAGUAGCCUUUUAGAUGUAUCAAAAAUGAUUGAUAUAAUUCAUCUGCUGCCAUUACAUACUCUAGCCAGAGAGGAAAGCUCUUGGGUCUGCAUCUCCUGGCCUUUCCCAUCUACAACAGUGCCAUAUACUCCACUUAGAUAUAAAGAAAAGCAGAGUUGGUUUGGCUUAUUUCAACAAGAAUGAGUGCAUGCCAUGGUCACCUAGUCAAGUAAUGCCUUAAACUGAGCAGAGUGCCAGCUUGCCAACAGGAGUCCAUUGUGUGAUUCACAGUAUUAUUAUAAUUGCUAACUUGUACAUAUGUAAAGAUAUAGUGUAUCCCCAGCUAGCCUCACACCAGUGUGGCCAUCACAGUACAUGUCCUGUGUAGACAUGGGCAGAAGAGACGUCCAGGCAAGUGAGCAAAGCUGCUCUGAACUGCCAGAAGAAAGAUCCUUUCUGUGCAUUAUUUAUUUCCACUCACCAUCCACUUAAAGGGUUUCCUUUCAUCUAUAAUUAUUUCAAACAUGCCACAUGAUUUUUCUUUUAUUAUUAUUGCUACCUUUUGUUAUUAAUUUGAUUCUGUUGAAGAAAGUAGGUUCACAAAAUGGAGGGAUAGUUUGAUUCUAUAAAUCCUGAGUUUUAUUGUGUAUUAAAAAAAAAAUAUCCCUCAUAUAGGUUUUUUGUGUGCAGAUGUAGAUUGCCUCCUACUAAUGUAAAAGGGUUUGUAGUGGAAACAUUUAUAUUUUUAUAAUAAAUAUAAUGAAAAUAUUUUUUACAGAAUGCA